AUGUCUGACGCGGAUUUCGAAGCUGUUCGAAAGCUCCAGGCUGAGCGCAACGCGGCCGCGGCUGCGCAAAAAGGUUCUAGGACCUUUGAUCCGUCUAACCAGCGCACUGACAACUCGACAAAGGCCUCCCUGACCGAGUCAUUCGAUACCACCCUUUACGAACGUGAUGGUGCCGACAAAUAUGCGGGAUAUAGCACCUCCAUUGCUGUCGACGAUGGAGAUGAAGACAUGGAGGAUGCGGAUGGCGGUCACCGCCUGGUCGGCCAGUACACCGCAACGCGAAACCAGAUUGACGAGUUUGCCCGAGGAAAUGGGGUUGAGGAGGAGGACAUUCUUCUGGGACGUGAAAAGGCUGCCAGAAUCUCCGACCGAGAGACUGAUUACCAGAAACGUCGCUUCGACCGCGGACCGCUGACGCCCACCAGGGCCGACCCCUUCGCUGCGAACUCUCAUGCAAACGUUGAAGAAGAGGGCCAGACUUACCGGGAGGUUAUGGCUCUUCGUGAGAUUGAAAAAGAAGAAGAGCGUGUCCAGAAGCUGAUCGCAGAGAAACAGGGUCGUGGUGAGAACGGCGUCGAGGAGCACGAGGCGACCUUGAAGUUAGAUGACAAAGAGAAUGCGGAAGCCGGCUCGACGGUAUCUGUGGUCACUGGCCGCAAGCGCAAACAACGCUGGGAUAUAGCUCCUGAAGCUGACGAAUCUGCCCCUGCACCUACACCUGACGAUGGUAAGGCUAAAAAGUCGCGCUGGGAUCAAACACCUGCACCCCUUGCCCCUGGUGCGGUUGAAGAGGCACCAAAGCGCCGUUCGCGAUGGGACCAAGCACCAGCCCUUGGAGCGGCAACACCAGUUGGCAACCAAGGGUUGGCAACCCCCAUGCAUCCUUCUCAAGGUGUGGCUUUGGCGCCAACCAGCUUUGGGACUGAUAUCUCUGGCCGCAAUGCUCCAUUUUCCGACGAGGAGCUUGACAUGAUGCUCCCAUCAGAAGGCUACAAGAUUCUGGAGCCUCCUCCAGGGUAUGCUCCAAUCCGGACACCGGCGAGAAAGCUUAUGGCUACCCCUGCGCCGAUGGCUAGCUCUACCGGUGUCGGUGGUUUCAUGAUGCAAGAACCUGAAAGUGCCCGUUCCCUUGGUAAACAACUCCCCACUGAGAUACCUGGGGUUGGUGAUUUGCAGUUCUUCAAGCCUGAGGAUAUGGCCUACUUUGGGAAACUGAUGGAAGCUGGCGACGAAUCAGCCAUGUCUGUGGAUGAGUUGAAAGAACGCAAGAUCAUGAGACUGUUGCUCAAAGUCAAGAACGGCACACCCCCGAUGCGAAAGACCGCCCUGCGUCAACUCACUGACAACGCUCGACAAUUUGGCGCCGGUCCCUUGUUCAACCAGAUUUUACCAUUGCUCAUGGAGAAAUCGCUAGAAGAUCAAGAACGACACUUGCUGGUCAAAGUCAUUGACCGUGUGCUCUACAAGUUGGAUGACCUAGUCCGGCCAUAUGUGCAUAAGAUUUUGGUUGUCAUCGAGCCGCUGCUUAUCGACCAAGACUACUAUGCCCGCGUUGAGGGUCGUGAAAUUAUCUCCAACCUAGCGAAGGCUGCUGGUCUAGCAACUAUGAUCAGUACUAUGCGUCCUGAUAUCGACCAUGUUGACGAGUACGUACGAAACACGACGGCUCGAGCUUUCGCUGUCGUCGCCUCUGCUCUUGGUAUCCCCGCCCUUCUUCCCUUCCUUCGAGCCGUGUGUCGCAGUAAGAAGUCCUGGCAAGCCCGACACACGGGUGUCAAAAUUGUCCAGCAGAUUCCUAUUCUCAUGGGAUGUGCUAUUCUUCCUCAUCUCAAAGGCCUUGUUGAUUGUAUUGCGGAUAAUCUCAGUGAUGAACAGGCCAAGGUUCGAACGGUCACCGCCUUAGCCGUAGGAGCGUUGGCUGAAGCUGCCAACCCCUAUGGUAUUGAGAGUUUCGACGAAAUCCUCAAUCCUCUCUGGACUGGAGCGCGAAAGCAGCGUGGUAAGGGUUUGGCUGCGUUCCUCAAAGCCGUUGGUUACAUUAUUCCUCUCAUGGACGAGGAGUAUGCAAACUACUACACCAGUCAAAUCAUGGAAAUUCUGCUCCGAGAGUUCUCAUCGCCCGAUGAGGAAAUGAAGAAGGUUGUCCUUAAGGUGGUAUCGCAAUGCGCGAGCACUAAUGGUGUGACAGCUAGCUACUUGAAGGAACACGUCUUGACAGACUUCUUCAAGAGUUUCUGGGUCCGACGUAUGGCCCUUGAUCGGAGGAACUACCGCCAGGUGGUUGAUACGACUGUUGACCUCGGACAGAAGGUCGGCGCAGGCGAAAUCCUGGAACGGACAAUCAACAACCUGAAGGACGAAAGCGAACCGUACCGGAAAAUGACUGUGGAAACGGUUGAGAAAACCAUCGCUUCCCUGGGAGCUGCGGAUAUCUCGGAGAGAUUGGAGGAGCGUCUCAUUGACGGCGUGCUCUACGCAUUCCAAGAGCAGAGUAUCGAAGAUAUUAUAAUCCUGAACGGUUUUGGAACCGUGGUGAAUGCUCUCGGUACGCGCUGCAAGCCCUAUCUCCCGCAGAUCGUCAGUACUAUUCUUUGGAGAUUGAACAACAAGUCAGCCACCGUCCGUCAGCAAGCAGCUGAUCUCAUCUCGCGAAUUGCAUUGGUCAUGAAGCAGUGUGGGGAGGAUGCCCUCAUGGGUAAGCUGGGUAUCGUGCUCUACGAAUAUCUCGGUGAAGAGUAUCCAGAGGUUCUAGGUUCCAUCCUCGGUGCUCUCCGUUCCAUUGUUACUGUUGUGGGUAUUAACCAAAUGCAACCACCCAUUCGAGACCUCCUUCCUCGUCUCACGCCCAUUCUGCGAAACCGUCACGAAAAGGUUCAAGAGAACACCAUUGACCUUGUCGGCCGUAUUGCCGACAGAGGGCCCGAGUCUGUCAACGCCCGCGAAUGGAUGCGUAUCUGCUUCGAGCUGCUUGACAUGCUGAAGGCUCACAAGAAGGGUAUCCGUCGUGCCGCAAACAACACUUUCGGUUUCAUUGCCAAGGCAAUCGGCCCCCAGGAUGUUCUGGCAACAUUGCUCAACAACCUUCGGGUCCAGGAGCGUCAGUCGCGUGUGUGUACAGCAGUCGCCAUCGGCAUUGUUGCUGAAACUUGCGCGCCGUUCACUGUCCUCCCCGCGUUGAUGAACGAGUACCGCGUGCCAGAGCUGAACGUGCAAAACGGUGUGCUAAAAGCCAUGACCUUUCUCUUUGAGUACAUUGGCGAAAUGGCAAAGGACUAUGUUUACGCCGUCACCCCUCUCCUCGAGGACGCACUCAUUGACCGCGACCAAGUUCACCGCCAGACGGCAGCAACGGUCGUCAAGCACAUUGCACUGGGCGUAGUCGGGCUCGGAUGCGAAGAUGCCAUGGUCCAUCUCCUCAACUUGGUAUUUCCCAACAUCUUCGAAACAAGUCCCCACGUUAUCGACCGAGUCAUCGAAGCCGUCGACGCAAUUCGCAUGGCCGUUGGCACCGGAACGGUUAUGAACUACGUCUGGGCAGGUCUCUUCCAUUCUGCGCGGAAGGUGCGCACACCCUACUGGCGCCUAUACAAUGAUGCCUACGUGCAAAGUGCAGACUCGAUAGUCCCCUACUACCCCGAGGUAGAGGACGACGGACUGAAGCGGGAUGAAUUGCUGAUUAUGAUUUGA